UUCGCGAGGAAGUGAGUUUGUGUGGAUUGGCUUGGCUUCGGGUGGUGUCUGGCUGGAAUUCGACCCACGUUGAUCGUAUUUUGAUUAUCGGAGUGCAUAAAUCAAUUUACACACUGGCUGCGAGAGGUUGCGCUUCCGGCAACCCACCCAAGCAGAGUCGUCUUCCCAGCUAGCCAGUCUCUCAUUUCAUCGGUAGGAUCGGAAAAAGCGCACUCUAGGCACUUCCUGGGGACCAUUUUUCACGCUUCGCUUAAUUCAAUUUGGACUCCACGGUUUGAGACCGUUGUCUACUCGCCAUUUGUCCCAUCGAGGAGCAUAGUGCGUGUAAAAAUAAUGAGCCGUCGUCCAAAGCCGGUGACGAAAUCGACGAUAAUGACACCGAAGACGGCGAUGAUGAUUGGAAUUUUGUCGGUGGCCAUUAUUUUCUCAUUAUCGGCCGGACAAGAAAUUGAUUCCGGCUGGAACAAGGAAUCGGUCCCGAAUGGCAACGGAACGGCCGCGGACCACAACGGUCCCGAUGAUGAUAAAUUACGAGUGACAAUUUAUUACGAAGCACUUUGCUACGACAGUAUCUCAUUUAUCACCAAUCAGCUUGCUCCGGCUUGGGAGAAACUCCGGGACCAGAUGGAUCUCAAGUUGGUUCCCUUCGGGAAGGCAUACAUUGAUGACUCCAACCCAGCGGAUCCAGUCUAUUACUGCCAGCAUGGUAGACGCGAGUGCACUCUCAAUAUUCAGCACGGUUGUAUUCUGGCCAAGUUACCCUUCGAGAAGGCAUUCCCCGUGGUGGCCUGUCUGAUGAAGGGCAUGCGAACGUCGUUCGAUCAGUGCAUCAAGCGAAAUCAAACGAUCAAGGCAGCUGUCGUAGAGUGUUCCCAAGGUCAGGAAGGAGCCAAGCUAUACAAAGGCUACGAAGACGAUACCAAUCGGGUGGCAACGCCGCUGUCGUUCGUACCCACGAUUGAGGUUGAUGAGGUUUACGACAUCUACGAACAGGAUCGAUGGUUGUACCGGUUUGAAAACACGUUCAGGAGAAACUACGAAAAGAAAUUCGGCAGAAGCUUAGACUGAAGUGAUAAGUCUUCACGUUACUUUCAAGCCCGUCGACGUGUGCAAGGUCUCGAGUAAUCAUGAUUAUCUACGAUUA